AUGAGCGUACCAAAAAAUAUUCUCUUCUUGCUACCGCUGCAAGUCAUACUGGUCAAAGGGUCGACAUACGUCAUUCGUCGGACAAAUGUCUUAGAGAAUGCGCUAAACUGGGAAGAUGGCAAUAUUCCAUGUGAAGGCGACCGCAUUCGAUUUGAAGACAAAAAAGUAACAACAGCUCUGGCAAAUGGUGACGGCUUAAAAACACUCUCAAUAGAUUUACCUGAUGACGGAAUCAUAUUUUUCGGCGAAAGAAUGGAAAUGGGAAAGCCAGGCAGUUGGCAGUGUAAAAUGAGACCAGAGCCGGAAGAAGUAUAUUUCAAGCGCUCACCUCCCUUGGCUUUUCACAACGGAUCGAAUUGGGCAGAACUUAUCGGUGGCCAGGAGAUUCGACCUAUUCUACAUGCCCUGCAAGUACCAUCAUCACAGGAUGUCGCAGUAAUAGCAGCCGAUAGUAGUAGCCGCAUACUGAUCGAUGAUUUUGUUACAGUGGGUACGCUUAUGUUCGCCAACAAAGUAAGUGAAUCUUAA